GCUUGCUUCGCUUUGUACCCGCCACGUCGACACGAACAUCUCUCUCUCUCUCUCGCGGUGCGUAGAUGCGUGCGUAGAAGUAAUAUGCGCACUGAAUAACUCGAUGUAACACAGCGGUGUACUCUUCGCUUCUUUUUUUUUUCUCUUUUUUUUUUCUUCUGCUGUGCAGUUCCCUUCGAGAACAGUACACUGCAAAAGGGAGGUAUUGGCGCGUUCCCCCUUGAUCAUAUUCUCCCGCAACACGUUGAUUCGAGCAAGUAAGGUGGCUCCAGCGGCGGAAGGACGAUACGCCUCCGUUAGAAUCGUUCGCUGAGCCAAGACGGCUCGACUCGAUCAUCGACAUUCUGACUUUUCUUUUCUCUUUUCUCUUUCUCAACUCAGCGUGCUUUUGCCACUUCUAAAGCCGUUAAAAAAGAAGAAAAAGUAAUUAUUGUAUUUCGUGUAAUUCAUUGAAUGGUGACGAAAAGUUUCUUGACAGCUUCUUUGCGGUCGUCCUCUUCACCGGCGCUCCGACGCAGCAACGAUUUUUAUUUACUUGUUUAUUGCUCUGCUUGUUUGGUUUGCUUGUUGAUCAUUUUUUUUUUAAAUGCUUUCCGAUUAAUGCGCUUAACCUCUCUAAAUAAACUUACGAUUAUCCGUUGUUUCUUUUAGCGCACCUAUUGUUCUUCUUCAUCUGUUGUAACGGGUAGAGUGCUGCUUUUCCCUUCUCUUUGUUUUCGCCUGGAACUUCGUGUUUCGUGUCUCCCGCACUGCACGAGUCCCCCCUCUUCUGUGUGUUUGCGUGUUUCUUCUUCUGUCUUUUGCGAGUGGGGGACGACGCCUGUGAGCAACUCCCCCCCUUCACUUUAAAAAAAAAAUAUUUUCCCGCUCUAUGAGGAGCCGCGCGGUUUCACUAAGGGGAUUUCCGUAACGCCUUUUCCUUUUAUGCGUCGAAGCACAGUUGAAGGAGGUUUCCUCAGUGUCGCAGCGUUGCGUGCUGUCACGAAGUUCGCCCACUGUUGGGUAAGUGCUAGAUUUUUUUAUAUACAUCUCAAGGUGCUUGCUAGCAACCACCAUCAUUAUUUUCCUGUCUUUUUGACUCGUCCCACGAGUAGAGAUUAAAACGAAAACUCUUCCUUUGUGACAGUAAACCGAUUAAACGAUUGUGUGGCGCAGCAUUAAGAGGAAGGAAACAGCGAGAGAGCUGCCUCCCUUCUUUUUCUUUUUUUCGUUCAAGCGCUGUAGUCAGCUUUUGGCAGUUCUUCUAUGCGUGCAACGGCCACAGCAAAGAGAAAGAAGAAAUAGAGGCCAUUUUUCUGUGUUCAGUUCACAAAGAUCUCUCUCACCCGCAGCACAUGCCCUUGAGCAUGGUGGGGAUCACCGGUGACACGAAGACCAGCACCGCCGCGGCUUCGACUACUGCUGCGAUGUCCACGCACACGACGCAGCUUUGCGCUCCGUCCUCGCCGUCCAGUACCCCCGCCAGUCCAGUGGAAACGACGAGUGCUCUGCUGGGCUGUAACCCCUCUACGCACGUGGCGGAGCGUGUGGACGACCGACCUGUCUACCACAACGCCCUCCUUUACGGACCCCACACGAGCACCAUCCGCAUGAACCCGUACGUGCGCUGCGUGUGCGGCAACGGAGUGCCUGAGAUUCGCUCGUUAAAGGAGCUGCUUUCGCUGAAGAACCAGCCCGCCCCCGCAGAACCCGACACACCGUGUUUGCGACCGACGCAUGGGCCGGCGACUACGUGGUACGGCCCUGAUGGUCGAUCCAGCACUACGGCUUCUGCUCCUGCUGCCACUGUUGCCGUUACAGGACUCUCGUCGUUCCAUGACGAUUUAAUGAACCCGGCGUUGAUGGGGGCUGUUAGUGCUGGCGCUUCUGUUGAUAGCGUGACGAAGGACGACGAGCACGCGCUGUCGCCGACUCUGGCCUUCACCGCGGACAGCGUUGCUACGCCCAACACCUUCGCUACCGUCGUCACCCACGAAAAACGGAUCAUCUCGCACUUGACCCGACGCCUGCGCAGCUCCGUCAAGCAGCAUCAGGACACGCCUCUUGGGAGGCCAACGGAGACGGUGUGCUCAGAGGACGGAGAGGAGGCGGGCGACGAUGACGUCUUGGAAGACGUUCCAUUUGGUGCAACGAGCGAUCCGUCGGCGGACGCGGAUGUGGGCGAGGUGCCCAUGCUGCCCUGCUCCACCCGCGAUAAGGCUGCUGUUGAGGAAGGGGAGGCCCACCACCCAGGCACCAUCACCACCGCGCCACCGCUGGAGUGCUCACUGGCCCGGCCGUGCACGCCGUCCCCUAUGCAGCAGCGUCAGUGGUGCAUGCAGGCAAGCAACGAGCGCAUAGUCUCGUCACGCUCCUCGUCGGCGGUGCUGUGCGCGUUAUCGGAUGCGCAGACGGCAGCUACGCGACAUGGCCAGCCGCUGCUGCCGCACGCACACUCCUCCUCCAGCAUGUUGUCGCUUUCUUCUGGCCACCACCACCACCAUCACGCACUACACAGACACGGUCCACCUCACUCGCCGAUACCGGCCGCAGUCCUGCGUAGUUGCCUCGCACCGGUGGCGAAGCUGGAGGAGAGCCCCUACCACUACAUCACGCGGAACUACAUUGGCGGCACGUUCCUGUACUACAGCACCGCCGAGAGCAAGGAGUACUUUCUGCGCCUGUGCCACCGUGUCGUCGCGCAGGUGCGACCACUGUUGGAGCAGGAGACCCUCUCCCCCCAUCACGGCCUCUUCCCUCGCAUCAACGCCCCGGCAUACGUGUUUGGCGACAUCCACGGCAACUUCGAAGACUUGUCCUUCUUUCUCAAGCGACUGCUUCUUUUCCAUGACUUCAACCUCACCCCGGCAAAUAUUCUCUGCCUGGGCGACUACGUCGAUCGCGGCCCUUUUUCGCUGGAGUGCGUGAUCCUGCUCUUCUCGCUGAAGAUCAUGAACGCGUCGAAGAUUGUGAUGCUACGCGGCAACCACGAAGACCGCGUUGUGUGUGGCGACCUGCAGACCUACGGCCGCGGCUGCUUCCUCGGACAGUGCCAGACCGUGUUUGGCUACAUGGAAGGCAUGAAGCUGUUCAAAGAAGUCACGGCCCUCUUCAAGUACCUACCGCUGGCGGCGGAGCUGGUGAUUCCAAGCACGCCGAACAUCGCCUUCUUGCGCUCGCAACAAACCGCCACGCACCCGAACUUGUACGUGAGCCAGCCGGCGGUGCUGCUGCACGACGCAACCCCAGCAGCAGAGGCGCCGGCCUCUUCUGCAAAAGCGCAAGACGUGCCCCUCUCUUUCUCUUCCUCCUCCUCGCCGUACACCGCACCUCACCUCCUCCACCCGGGCGGGGAUGUGGCCAGCGGCGAAAGCGGAGACAAUGUUCUGUCAAAGAGCCCUUCCACCCUUCUACCACCGUCAUUCCCCGUCACGACGCCUGCCGCGGCGGCAGCCGACACGACAUCGGCAGCCAUCCCCGCGACGGCAGGCGACAGAGCCAUCGCGGACGCCUCGCUCGCACGUGGGCACCCUUCCCUCCACGAGGCCCACGAGGAGCGCAUUCUCUGCGCCCACGGCGGCAUCCCCCGCUUCGACCGGCCCCCGCUCGAAGACAACGCGCUGAGUGCCCUCCGCAGUCUCGCCUUCCCCCGCAUGCUGACGCUUUUUCCAAACAACCCGAUGGCGAAGGACGACCCAGAGUGCGCGCCGGACCACUUCGCUCAGAAGGAGCUGCCGGCGCUCUGGCGGCGAUACCCGUCCAUGGCACCACCGGAGUUUACCGCGGCAUCGCGACGUGAGGCGGUGGAGGCGGCCGCGGCAGUAGGCAGCACCACCGGGCCUCUUGUCGCUGCGCACUCUGCAAAGUCGCGGAAGCUGAUCUCGAGCUCCAGCAGCGCGAGCUACCCCAGUGUGAAUGGACAGGACGAAGGGCGAGCGUCAUCCUCUUCCAGCGCCUCCUCGGCCAGCUCGAAUUCGCACACGCAGUCGGACAUGACCAGCGCUUUGCAGGCAGGCAUGCCAUUGUUGCAUCGCUGCCGCAGCCGCGACAUGCUCCCGCAGCCAACGGAUGAGGAGGUGCGGAAAGCGUGGUACACCACCUUUGACCUUCUUUGGUCUGAUCCUACCUCGAUGGAGUUAGAGGAGGAGUGUGCCGGCGUGCGCGGUAGCGCAGCUGGGGCAGCGCCGGCGUCACGCACGCACAUCAACGAAUGGGGCUUCGGCAUCAACACGCGCGGCAACAACGUCGUGUCGUUUUCGGCGAAGGCGGUGGACACGUUCUUGACGGCGCACAACUACUCCAUGCUGUUCCGCGCGCAUCAGGAAAAGGCGCAUGGCCUGCGCUGGAGUAAGAGCAGCAAGGUGCUGACCAUCUUCAGCACCAGCAAUUACAUGGGCCACGGAAACGGCGCCGGGUGCGUGGUGGUGGCCGCGAACGGAGAAGUGCAGAUGGUGGAGAAGGUAUGCAUGUAA